AGAAAUCCCCGGGUUGCUGUGACCACACGUUGUCAACAACCAUCUGUGACACCCCAUGUGAUAUAAGUCCGCAAAGCCCUACACCCCGAGAGCUGGCCUUAACCUUGCUUUCAGCAGGUGACAGGAAGUGCCCAGUCGCCCUCAGCCAUGAGGACCAGCUACACCCCAGAACCUGAGGCAGACGCCCCUACCCAUCCACCCAUGCCCAGAGACCCAGAUGAGUACGGCUUCUUCCAGCCUCAGUCCAGCCAAGACUUUGCAUAUGACAGCCAGGAUCCUGGCCUUUUAGCACCCACCGAACAGGAAAGUUAUGGCCAUCAAGAGUCAUUGGCCACCAGGAGCCAUGGGGACAGACAAUGUGACCAGUCAGCAGUCAUCCAGGGUGGGCUUGAGGCCAGCGACUCACUCUGCCAGCCAGGACCAAGCCACCUGAGUUGUGACAUGCUUGAGUACCCAGAGGCCGGGCCUUCACCCCUGACCUCUCAGACAUGGUCUUCGCUGACCCAAGGACCUCUUCAGCAACCUUCCUCACCACCAGCACCCAUGGGCUCAUCCCCAUGGGAUGGCUCGAGAAGUGGGUCCCGGGACACUUCGGCCAGCAGCUUCACCAUUGAGUCACCGCCAUUCCCCAGCAGGGUGUCCAAGCCCAAGGCUGGGUCCAGGCAGCCCACACUGCACUACUGCGAGGUCUGCAGGGUCAGCUGCGCAGGGUCGCAGACCUAUCGGGACCACCUGGAAGGGCAGAAGCACCGGAAAAAGCAGGCUGCUCAGAGGUCCAGUGCCCAGUCCAGCAGCAGCUCCCGCGGGUUGCAGGCCCAGCUCUACUGUGGUCUUUGUGCUGUGUCCUGCACCGGCGCAGAUGCCUAUGAUGCCCACAUUCGGGGAGCCAGACACCAGAAGGUCGUCAAGUUGCACACAAGGCUGGGGAAGCCCAUUCCCACCAUCGAGCCCAGGCCAAGGAGCCCCACCUGCUCCCGCCAGCUGGGCACCAUCCCGGGAGCCUCUGCCAAGUCCGCAGCCCAGGCUUGCCAUGGUGCUCACGCCCCAAGCCGCCCAGCACCAGCCAAGGGACCCUCACGCAAGGGGCUUUCUGAACCUCAGACAGCACACAACAGAAACAGAAGAGGGUCCCAACCCAACUCAGAAGCAGCCCGAGAAUCGACCAUCCAGGGAGGUCCAGGAGAAGCGUCUGGAGAUGCCGAGCAGCUGGGCCCAGACUACGUGGAAGAGGUGUGCAACGACGAGGGGAAGGUGAUCCGUUUCCAUUGCAGGCUGUGCGAAUGCAGCUUCAACGACCGCAAUGCACGCGACAUGCACCUGAGCGGGCGCCGGCACCGGCUGCAGUACCGGAAGAAAGUCGACCCUGGGAUCCCAGUGGCAGCCAAGCCAAGCAGCAGGGUGCAGAAGGUACUGGCUGAGCAGCUGCGGAAGCGGAAGCAGCUGGCACAGGAGCAGCUAGAGGAUGUGCGACGGCGCUGGAGCUCAGAGCGGAGGCAGCUGGAGGAGCCACCAAAGUCCCAGAGUGAGGUUCAGCCAUCUGUGUCACCUGCCUGGGCUUUGCCUUCCACCUCAGGAAGGCCGGGGACAACUACUGCCCCACGCCAGCCCGGGCGUCGGCCGGAGACCAGCGAUGAUCGCCAUGUCAUGUGCAAGCAUGCCACCAUCUACCCCACUGAAGGGGAGCUUCAGGCUAUCCAGACAGCCGUGUCCCAUGCAGAGCGGGCCCUCAGGCUGGUGUCUGACACAUUGGCUGAGGAACAGCGAGAAGGCCUUGCUGAGGAUGGCAGCCAGUGCAGCCUGGCGCCCCCACCACCAAGAGUCCUCAAGGGUGUUGUGCGGGUUGGCAUCCUGGCCAAGGGCCUGGUCUUGAGGGGGGACCGGAGUGUGCAGCUGACACUGCUGUGCUCCAAGAAGCCUACACGCUCUCUGUUGCAGAGGAUCGCCCAGGAGCUGCCCCGUGAGCUCCCGAUAGUGACUGAAACCAAGUAUGAGGUCUCCUCGGACCCUGAGGCCAACAUUGUCAUCUCUUCCUGCGAGGAGCCAAAGACCCAGAUCACCGUGUCUGUCACCUCACCCCUGAUGCGGGAGGAGCCCUCCGUGGAGCUAGAAGGAUUGCAGGAGCCCCCAGUGGACCCGGUAGAUGUCCUGAGCCGGGAGAAGUGUCUUGAAGCCCUGGCUGCCCUCCGCCAUGCCAAGUGGUUCCAGGCCCGAGCCAGCGGUCUGCAGCCCUGUGUGAUUGUCAUCAGGGUGCUCCAGGACCUCCGUAGGCGCCUGCCCCCCUGGGGGGCCCUGCCCACCUGGGCCAUGGAGCUACUGGUAGAGAAAGCCCUGAGCAGUGCGACCCGGCCCCUGAGCCCCGGGGAUGCCAUGCGGCGGGUCCUGGAGUGUGUGGCCACAGGCACCCUCCUCACAGAUGGCCCAGGAUUACAGGAUCCCUGUGAGAAAGACCCGUGCGAUGCCCUGGAGCCCAUGACGCUGCAACAGCGUGAGGACGUGACUGUCAGCGCCCAGCAUGCCCUACGUCUCGUAGCCUUCCGCCAGAUCCACAAGGUCCUGGGCAUGGACCCACUGCCACCCCGGAGCAGGCCCGGGGCCCGGGGCCGGAAGAGGAAAAGGGAGGCCAGUGAGGCCCAGGAGGCUGGCAAGAGGAAGCGAGGUUGGCAGGGCGCAGCGGGCCAGGAGGGAGAGUCCCCAUAGCUGGAUACAGCUACAUCCCCAGCUUCAGAUGCUCCCUGACAUGGGACAGAGGUGUUUGCUCUAUAUUGUGUCCUGUAGGUCUAUCUAAAUAUUGUGUGUCUCUCGUCAGAGAAGUCACAGUCUCCAUCACCAAGAGCCCCCUUGGGUGGCUCCCAUGUCCAUAACUCUGUCCACAGGCAUGCCAGUGGCUCAUGACUCCACUGGUGCUUCUUGUGACUUUAAACUCUCCUAGUGGCAUCUAUAUGAAGUGGGUGGAUCUUUAUUUGACUUCACUGGGCUGGAGAGGAUGGCCUGGAAGAUUGUAGAAGGAGUUACAGAACAGGCCUUAGGAAGCAUGGAGUGGUAUCCUCUGGGCCCCAGACUUAGCCUGCUCCACACAAACACCCCACCCUGUCCCAGCAGUGAGAACAUAGGCUGGACCCCCUGGGAAUCCUUCACCCCAUCAGGGGAUCCCAUCUCGAACUAGAACCACCGAGUGCCUUCUGCAGACAGGGCCCCUGUGUCCCAUGACCCCUCAGAGGAGCCAGGACCAGCCUGCAUCUGAAAGGACUUGGGCAGGUGUGGUCACCUUGUGGACACUAGAUGCAGCAGACAGCCCUGGUUGUUCUCCACUGUGCCCCAUGAGUCUUUCCCCUCUUGUCUUUCCCAAUGGCAUUGAAAGAGAAGUUCAUCUGUGGCCCAAUUGAUAUGAUCGCUGGGGAUUAGAAUGGCUCAAUGAUUGAAAGGGAUACCCACGUGUGGCUCAGUGUCUGGAUGUCUCUGAAGAACUAUCUGGAAAUUGGGGUGGUCAUUUGGGAAUAAAGAUUUGCCCAUGUGUUGUGUGA